AGUAAAAUAAGAGAGAUGGAAUAAAGUAGAGAUAAAAGUAUUUUCAUUAUUAGUAAUGGGUCAUCUUGUUUGAACAAACCAAAAAAGAAAGUGGAUCAUCUUCGGUGAGACGGAGGUAGUGCAAUACAACACAAUGAGGAGUGUUUCUACUCCCAUAAUUAUCAUGUUAUUUGCCUUUCUUUUCGAUAUUCAAAAUUUAUUGAUGGUUCAUGCUCGACUUGGUAAUCCUCCACUGCCUUCAUUGGAUGAAGAAGCUGCAAAUGCCCCUUCAAAUUGUGACACAAAAAUAGAAAAUGUGAAUGUUGAUACGCGGCUUCCUCCAGUAUACCGGUGCGUGAGCAUUUUAGGCAUAUGUGGUGUGACACUAAGUGAAGAUCGAUGUAUCCAACUCUGCAACGAUUACUACUUCGGGGUGAACCCAUAUGCUCGGUAUGACCUUCUUCCUGGAGCUACCGACGUUUUUUUGUUAUUGCGAACACGAUUGUCGCAGAUCAUACUUUACUUCACAAAAGGUCAAUAUUAA